UUGGUUCAGAAAAGGAUCUAGACAAUAUUUGGGCCGAAUAUCUUUCAAUCAAAUCAAAAUGCUAGGCAAGUCCAAUGCAUGCCAUGCACCCAAUGUUGCGCGAAGGUUCUUACAUCACCUCGCCAGUAAGAUGAUCACGUGACAGAGAUUCGAAAGUCGAUCGACUUCCAUGUGUUGACUUGCCACGGGCGAAAAGUCCAACUCAGCCUUAUCUUGCCAUCACCACUAGCAUCACUCUCAGCGCGCAUUCCUUCACCACUUUGAAGCGCGUCGGACAAUACUCGCCUGUGCGCUGUCACUUGAGCAGAUUUCUCUUCCCCGGGCUCAAGGUACGUCCCCAAGCCACCACGCUUGUCCAUCCAAGAAGAGCCUUGUUCAUCAUGGCGUACCCUCCACCUCCAGGCACCGCCAACCUUCCCGCGCGACCUCCACCCUCGAACUCGUCAUCCAGCGGAGGCUUCAACAAGGGCGGCUUCAAGCCUGCCUUUUCCUCCCAACCACAAACAUACGGCGCACAACCACAGUCCUACAACUCCCAGCCUCAGAGCUAUGCCGCCCCGGCCUCGUCGUCUUCCUACGCGCCGCCCGCGCCACCUGCUGCCGGUGGCCACUAUGGCCCUUCAUAUCCCGGCGUGAGCAGCGCUGCUCCUGCUUCUACUUCGACGUACUCGUACAAUCAACCACCCGCGAGCUACUCAUCCCACGACUAUGGCACCGCAGCCUCCUCCUAUGCGGCCCCGCAGAUUAAGAAUCCGUUCCCCAUAGGCGGCCAGUCUGCCGCGCCUGGCGGCGAUUUCGACCCUGAAAUGGCCGCGCAAAUCGCCCAAUGGCAAAGCGCCUACGUCACCAAGGAAGGCGCCCAGGCGCCCGCGCCCGGCCAGAAACCCGAGUACGCCGCGCCCGCCAACCCCGAAAGGAAGAAGACGGUCGCGCGCGAGGGCGGAGGCAAGAAGUGGACAGACGAUACCCUGCUGGAGUGGGACCCUUCGCACAUGCGCCUGUUUGUGGGCAAUCUCGCGGGCGAGACGACGGAUGACUCGCUGCUUAAGGCAUUCUCGCGCUGGGAGUCGGUGCAGAAGGCAAGAGUCAUCCGCGAUAAGAGGACAACCAAGUCCAAGGGUUAUGGCUUUGUCAGCUUCAGCAACGCGGACGAUUUCUUCGCGGCUGCCAAGGAGAUGAAUGGAAAGUACAUUCAGAGUCACCCUGUCACCAUCAAAAAGGCCAAUACGGAAAUCAAGGUUGCCAACGUCAAGGAGAGAGAUCGAGGCCGCGGCAAGAACAACCGCAACAAUAACAAGAAGAAGAGUGGCAGUGGAGGUGGUACGCAUGGGAGCGACCACGGUCACGAUGCACACAUGGGAUCUUACGCGGGUGCUGGUAUAACGAAACCCGGCCAGAAGACGAAGAAUGGGCUGAAGCUGUUGGGCUAAUGGUAUCCAUGUGAAUGUGCGCAUUAGCCUGGUGUUCGGCGCGGUGUUGACUUCAUCCAUAAUAGCAUUGCUUAUCUAUCUGGGGCCCGAUGGCUGAGAUGAAGUAUAUAAAACAAAUUUUACUGAAUGAAACUCUUUGGGGUAUCGUGACGGCCCAACAGCGACCUGUGCUGAGCUUCGCAGAAUCAAUCCUUUCUCCAU